AUUUCAUUUCGCUCCACCUCGAUUCAUGAACAUAAUUUCUUCGCGACCGAACCUCGAUUUACCUCUGUUUGUGUAGGAUUACUAGUCCAAAGACCAGCAGCAACUUCUGCAGCAAGUGCCACGUCUUUUCGCCAGGACAAGCCAUUGCGAAUACGAAGCAAGUCAGCUUCUCAUCCUCGAAAACGACAAAUUUCCCUCUCCAGAUUCGCCGUCGCACCAUUACCGAUUCUCUGGAAACCCAACAUUUCAGUUGCCGGAAGGCUUGUUCGUCUAGAAAAUGCAUCUAGCAUUUCCUUUGAGGAAAUCCUCAAAUCCUCCGCCGUAUGCGAAUCGAUCAGCGCGCUUCCCGGUACUGCGCAGAAGCAGGGUGCAGGCUAUCAUACUCUGCGCGUGUGCAGUAGGCGCGGUCAUAUUCAUAAUCUCACAGCUUUUCGGAGGGGGGGAUGGCGUACCAUCAGGGUCACCGCCUGUGGUGAUAGUGACGGUGCUGGAUCCAGAAAACUACAAUAAGGAGUACAUAAAUAACAUAAAAGACAACAGGAUAGAGUACGCAAGGAAGCAUGGAUAUGUAACCUUUUUUCCUACGGCCAAAGACUACGUCUUGGAUGGAGCCCCUGAUACAUGGGCAAAGAUUCCCGCGAUUCGACACGCAUUGACGAAAUUCCCGUACAGUACAUACGUUUGGUAUUUGGACCAGAAUUCAUUGAUCAUGAAUCCGGAGAUGACAAUUGAGGGCGACAUCAUGAAUCCCAAGAAGUUGGAGAGUUUGAUGAUAAGAGAUCAGUCAGUUGUGCCACCAGACAGUGUCAUCAAAACAUUUCCAUAUAUCAAGGGUGCCAACAUCGAUUUUGCCCUCACUCAGGAUAAGGAGGGUUUGGUACAGGGCAGUUUCAUCAUUCGCAAAGGGGACUGGAGCAAAUUCUUCCUGGAUACCUGGUUUGACCCAUUGUACCGCUCAUAUAAUUUCCAGAAAGCGGACACGCACGCUCUGGAGCACAUUGUACAAUGGCACCCAACAAUCCUCUCAAAGCUCGCUCUAGUACCACAGCGUACAAUGAAUUCUUAUUACAAGGGAGAUACUGAGACUGGAACAUACAAAGACGGAGAUUUCGUAAUCCGGUUUCCUGGAUGCGAUCAAGCUGGGCGCAGCUGCCAGGGAGAGGCUGAACCUUUUUCGAAACAGUGGAAGACAGCUUUCCGCGAGCGAUGAUAAUUACCUCGAUUCAACCCUUCAAGAAUACUAGGGCUGCAUAAGCCCCACGAUCCACGAACGAGCAACGACAUCGGCAGCAAGAACGGCGUUUGGGGUAUAGGAGAGAGCACGAAGAAAUGUCUAUAUGUGUAUAAUCUUGCAUGGGCAUCUGCAUAGGGCAGGUAACCUCUAGAACAGGCGUUUGCAGCGAUUCGGAUGGAGAAUGCUAUUCUCCCUUGUACAAUUACUUUUGACAUACCCACAGCAGUCUUUGGAACUGGCCUUCAAUUCUGGGGAAUAAGAGAUGGGCUAGACCAGUGUCUGUAAAGACGCCUGAGACAUAGGAGGAAUGGACAUAAUUGGCGCCACCAUCCCGUCUGAUAAGACAGUCUUGGAAGAAUACCUGGCGCCGCGAGGCUGAUAUAAAUAUGUGAAGUGAAGCCCUUGUACGAUUUGAAUUAGAACAUGACCGGCCGGCCGGCC